AUGAUGGAAAAGAUUAAGACCAAGGAAUGUGAUAUUAAAAGCUUGAAUAUUAUACCCAAUCAAAAAGUCAUACCACACUUGCAAGAAUUCGUAGAUAAAUUAGAUGAUGAGAUGAAAUCCUACUUAACCAAGAACAAACCUAUACAAUCCAUAGAGUUAGCCGACUAUUUGAAUCCCCAAUGGAGCAAUAUCAUAAACUUGAUCUAUGGUGUACAUCUGAAUCAUAUACCUGAGGUAUAUGUAAAAUCCAAGGGAAUUCAAACUAAAUCACAAUUGUUAGAUGAUCUAUUAACUAAAUUAUUCCAUAAAUUCAUCAUAGAGAAACAGAAUUCAGAAGUUCCAUUCAUUAACAAGGAUAUCGAUUUUUCUAAUCCUGCUGAAUGGUUUCCAGAAGCUAGGAAGAUGAAACGUAAGAUAAUAAUGCAUGUGGGACCAACUAAUAGUGGUAAAACCUAUAACUCAUUGAAGAAAUUACAAAUUGCAAGAUCAGGAUAUUAUGCUGGGCCAUUAAGAUUGUUAGCAAGAGAGAUUUUCGAAAACUUCAAUGAUAAAGGUAUCUAUUGUAAUUUAUUAACGGGUGAAGAAGUCAUACCAACAUUCGAUAAAGAUGGUAAGAUUUCUUCAAUUACCAGUGGUACUAUUGAGAUGAUACCUUUGAACAAGAAAAUGGAUUUAUGUAUUAUAGAUGAGAUUCAAAUGAUCAGUGAUGAAAGUAGAGGAGAGUCAUGGACUAAUGCUUUGUUAGGUGUUCAAGCCAAAGAAAUUCAUUUAUGUGGAGAAGAAAGGACAGUUGAAUUGAUCAAGAAGAUUGUAGAAUUGACAGGUGAUGAAUUGGAAAUCAAUCAUUAUAAGAGAUUAGGUCCAUUGUCAGUUGAAGAAAAAGCCAUCAAGAAUCAUCAAGGUUUGAAAAAAGGUGAUUGUGUUGUUGCUUUCGCUAAAGGUAAAAUUUUACAAUUGAAAAUGGAUAUCGAAAGAGAGACCAAUUUAAAAGUAGCAGUAAUUUAUGGAGCUUUACCACCUGAAAUUAGAAGUGAACAAGCAAAAGGUUUCAAUGAUGGUAAAUAUGAUGUUUUGGUAGCUUCUGAUGCUAUCGGAAUGGGACUUAAUCUUGCCAUUAAAAGGAUUGUAUUUUCCACUACCAGGAAAUUCAAUGGUAUUAAAAUGGAAGAUUUAAGGCAAUCCACAUUGAAGCAGAUUGGUGGAAGAGCAGGUAGGUUUAGUCAUGAUAAAACCAAUGUUGGAGGUACCAUUACAGCAUAUAGUACCAAAGAUUUGAAUUAUGUCAAGAAACAAAUGGAUGGUGAUGUUAAAGAUAUUCAAAAAGGAUAUAUUUGGCCCACUAAUGAACUUUGGAUAUCUUACUUGAGAAAGUUCAAUAAAACAGAUUCCAUUUUAUCAAUUUUGAAUAUCUUCAAUAAAAAACCUAUUAAUUCAACUAUUUUCAAAUUAACUCAAGUGGAACAAAGGAUUGAAAUAAUGAAAUUGUUGAUGGUCGAUAGAUUAUAUAAGCAAUUACCAAUAGAAGAUCAAAUAAAAUUGAGUAUAGCACCUAUUGCCAGAUUUGAUUCAGAGAUUUUCAGAGACACUUCGUUAAAAUUCAUAAACAACAUAGUUAACAAGACAUCCAAAAACGUAUUGGAUUUUGGAUUCUUACCUUUGAAGAUUUUGAGUGAAGAUUCAAGUAGAAAAUCACAUUCUGAUACAAUCAUCGAAAAAAUCACCAAUUUGGAAGAUUGUCAUAAAUUAGUGAUGCUUUUCAUGUGGUUAAGUCAGAGGUUCCCAUAUUUGUUUGUAGACAUUGAAAGUGCCUAUGAUUGGAAAUCAUUAAUCGAGAAAAGAAUCAGUGAAGAAUUAUACCAUUUAAGAAGUAGUGGUACGAAAAGAAGAAAAAGAUUUUAA